AUGGCGACGACUGCCAUGGCGUCCUCUCUGGUCGGGUCCACUGGCGAUUGCAUUCCCGAAGAGCCCAGCGUUUCCUCCGUCGCCCCCUCUCUUACCUACUCGGAAGAGUCAGAGGACCAGGACGACGAAGAGCCUCAGGCUGAGCCGCCACGGAGACGGCGCGCUUCCACGCGGCUCAUUGCACAAAGCCCCGCUGACAUUCAGCGUAUCACGGGCGAAUCAACGGCCCAAUUAAUCCAGAGAUGUUGCGGUGGCGGCUGUUGCAUGAAGCUAGGCGCCAAGAAGGAGGGCCUCGAGUACGAGAGUAUCCCCUUCCCGGACAACGCCGCAUACAAGUCACUCGCCCUCAAAAUUGGCGAUAUUCCCACAAAGUUGACCAACGUUGCCGACUUGCCCGAGCAGACCGUCUUCUUCGAGCCCGUUCCUCGGCCCGCCGCGACUGCCGCUUCCCCCACAGACUCUGCCAUCUCCCUGGGCGCCGACUCCCGCGAGCACAAGGAGGCAGACCUCGCCACCGUCCAAGACCGGCUGAAUGAUUUCACCCUCGGCAGCAUCGACACUACCAAGGAGCCCCCCAAAUAUGUCCAGCCGCACCCUCCGUACCACGUGUACGCCGCCCGUAUCGACUCGACUCGCGAGCUGACCAAGCCCGGUGCCGAGAAGCGCACUUACCACUUCGAUCUCGACAUUACAAGCUACCCGGGCGAGGAGGACAUGGACUUCAGGGUCGGCGGUGCCAUUGGUGUCAUGGCCCCCAACGACAGAGCCUGUGUCGAUGACGUCUUCGACGCGCUCAUGGUACCUCGGUUCCUUCGGGACAAGCCGGUUCUCAUGAGGACCACCAAGGGCCGCUGGCCGACCGUGUGGGGCGACGAUCAGGCCCGUGAGAUGGUUACCACACGCCGGGACCUGCUCACCUGGUGCUCCGACAUUCAGUCGUACCCCCCAACCAAACAGCUUCUGCGGAUCCUCGCCGAGUACGCCGAGGAUCCCAACGAGAAGAAGCUGUUGACAUUUCUCUGCUCCGCUGAAGGCCAGGGCGUCUUCUGCGAUUUCCGCACCGGCCCCCAUGUCUCCUUGUCCCAGCUCCUGCACGCAUUCCCUAGUGCCCAUCCGCCCAUGGACCUCCUGUUGUCCGCCCUGCAGACGCUGAUGCCCCGGUUCUACUCACUCUCCAACGACCCUCACGAUGCUUACAAGACGCGUGACGGAAAGGUCCACCGGCUGAUCGAGAUUGCCGUCACGGUUCAUGAGACUGCUGACUGGCGUCGCGGUCUCCGUACCGGCAUUGGUUCCGGCUUCUUUGAGCGCCAAGCUCAGAAGUGGCUCGAGGCGAAGCGCAACGGAGAGACUCCCGAGAUCUACAUCCCCAUGUUCAAGGGCCUCAUGGCCAACCCUCUCGCCAAGCAGUUUGUCUCGGACGGCCCCAUGCUGCUUAUCGGUGCCGGUGUUGGUAUCGCUCCCUUCAGAGGCUUCGUCCAGCGUCGGCUGAAGACAGCCAACUGCGCCAACAAGGUCUGGGUUCUCCAGGGCAUCCGUGACUCGCUCGUCGACGAGAUUUACAGCGGCGAGUGGGGUGUACACGAGGAUGAGGUCAAGCGCGUCGUGCAGAGCCGCCGCGGCGAGAGUCGCUACGUGCAAGAAGAGGUGCGCAACCAAGCCGAUCUGGUAUGGUACAUUGCCAACGCCGUCGAUGGUCGCGUCUUCGUCUGUGGCAGCACCAAGGGCAUGGGCGAGGGUGUUGAAGAGGCUCUCGUCGAAGUCGCCAUGAAGAAGGGCAACCUUGAGCGCGAGGAGGCCAAGAAGUAUUGGGAACUAAAGAAAGAGGCUGGCCAGUAUAUCGCCGAAACAUGGUAG